AUGGACGCCCCCCCGGACGCGCAGCCCGGAGGCUCGAGAUCCUCGCAGCAACACGACCAGGCUGGUCCCAGCCUCGUCGACCUCCUCAGGGAAGUGCCGACGAUCGGGGACCUCCUGCCCGCCGCCUCCGCGCUGUGCGCGGCGCUGACGUGCUGGGAGGCCCUCAUCGCGCUGCUGGUGCACGGCAGGCGGACGAGGGUCGGCGACGUCGAGUGGCGGCGCUUGCCGGGCGCGGCGGAGGAGAGCCUGGUGCUGGUUCGACAGGACCAGCUCCAGGGUCUUGUCCUGCACCUGGGCGUCAAGCCGCGCGGAGCGCUGCUGCGCGGCAUCGCCCAGCGCCUGUGCGACGGUGCGUGCGUCGUCGGGGAGGUGGAGUUCGCCGGCGCCCGCCUCGGCGCCGAGCAAGCACGCGCGCUGCACCACGCAGCGUGCUGCGCGGUGCUGCGGGACGAAGACCUCGCCACGGAGGCGGGACGCGUGGCGGCGCUCGACCGCAUCCUGCGGACGCCCCACGGCGCCGCGCUGCGCGUCCACGCGCUGACGGUCCCGCCCGCGCACUUGCGCGAGGGCCCGCCUGCGCUCCGGGGCGAGCGAGCGAGCGUGCUGCGCUCCGUGCUGGGCAGCGCGGCAGUGCGCGGGCACGUGCGGAAGCUCGUGCUCGCCGGCGUCGACAUGCGGGAGGAGUCGGGGCCCAUCUUCGCGACCCUCAUGGACGCGCAGCACCUGCGCGUCCUCAACGUCUCUGACAGCAACGUCGACACAGCGGGCGCGCUGGCGCUCGCGAGGCUGGUCGCGCAGUCGUCGACGCUGCGCGAGCUGGAGAUGAAGGGCGUCAAGGGCGCAGACGAGGAGGACGUGGCGGCUAUCGCGGAGGCAGCUGUCACGCAGAGCAGCGUGACGGCGCUGAGCUGCGACCUCUCCGCGGCUCGCGUCGACGCAAUCGACGACCACAGCUGCGGGCCUACGGAGCGUCUCUCCAUGACCGCCAGCUGCCUCGACUUGGAGGAGUUUGAGUCUGCAGGCAACGCGGUCAAACUUCUGACAGACUUGCGUCUGUCCAGGAUUUCGGGCGACGACAUCGGCCGUCUCGCCGACAUGGUCGAGCGAACCACAAAGCUGCAGACGCUGCACGUGUCAGACAGCAGUUGCGCAGGGGAUCCAGUCAACUUUAUUAUAAUGGCGCUCCAGGUGUUGCACACGUUCCUGCUGACGCAUGACAAAGGCAUGGGACACCGCGCCCUGUCCAUGCUUCUGGCGACCCUCGGACACAAUUUGGACUGGAUGGCGGACGCAUUCUUCUCGCACGGCAGCGCCCCGGCGAUGCUGGCACUGGCGCCGUCGCUGCGGGAGCUCCACCUGAUCGCGCUCCAUCUGAACGACGAUGCCGCGCGGCAUCUCGCCGUCGCGCUCACGGGGAACACCACCCUCCGCGAGCUCGACAUCUCGGACAACUGGCUCGGGACGCCGGGCGUGCAGGUCCUCCUAUGCGCAGCCGGGCGCAGCAGGCUGGAGACGUUCGCCAUGGAAGCGAACGUCUUCCCGUUCGCCGGCGCCGCGGCGACGCUCAGCGACGUCCUGGAGAGCGCGACGCUGCGCUCGCUAAAGCUCGGCGCCCGCCUGGCGAAAUGCAAGGGGACGGAGGGCCCGCGACGCAUCGAUCUCGUGGGCGUCGCCGCGUUCGCCCACUGCCUGUCCAGCCACCCGGCGCUGGGCAUCCUCGUGCUCACGGGCCUCGCCUGCAGCGACGCCGACGGCAUUGCGCUCGCUGGCGCCCUGAGCGUCAACACCGCCCUCCGCUCCGUGGCGCUGGACCACGCGCAGCUGAGCGACAACUGCAGGGCGCAGCUUGCGGACGCGCUGUCCCGCAACGCCAAUCUGCAGCACGUGUCGCUGAGAGGCGACGAGAGCAUGGGCGACGCGGCGGCGGCCGAGCUCUGA